UUGUAAAAUUGUAGUCAGUACCUUCUUCUGUGAGUGUCAGUGUCAGUACUCAAUUUACUGAUAAGUGUCAGUUUCAUAGUUUAGUUUUCAGAUAUCAACAGUGGAAUACGUUUUCUAUUGCCAUUAUCGUGCUGGACAUAAAUGGCUCCUGAAACUUUAAUUAAUUCCUUGUUAGAUCUGAAAAACAUGUGUCGAUUAUGUUUAAGUCAGAAUACAUCCUUAUAUCUAAUAUUUGCUGACAGCACAACAGCCGAUUCUUCAUUAGUCUCUAUGACUUCAAGAAUAAAAGCUUGUGUUGACAUUGAGGUUACUCCCAGAGAUGAUCUACCUAACAAGAUUUGCCAUCGGUGUAAGGAACAACUUGAAAACUGGGUUAAAUUUAAGGAGCUGUGUGAUAAUGCAAAUACAUUAUUACUUCAGUGUGCUGCUGGAGGAAUUCAGUCACUUUCAGAUGGGAUUCUUGAAAAAAAUUCUCAAAAUAGCGCCAGUACAUGCCUUGAUUUACCAGAAACAUCUUCAGACUUCAGUUUUGUUGAUAGCCUCUUAGAACAUGAUUCCUUAUUUCAAAAAUUAGAAGACGCUCAACACGAGUGUUUACAAAGCAACAAACCACUGAGUGACUCGAAUCCUACAUUACAUAAAGACGACUAUAUUAGUACUCAUGAUGACCCAACAAAUAAGAGUGAAAAAGAGUUGAAAAUUCAAAAUGAGGAAGCAGCUCAGAAAGUCUUAAGCAAAUUAAAUUUUAGGAAAAAAUAUUUUAAUUUUUACAGCAAAAAGUACAAGUGUGAUAUAUGUGGUACAGUUUUUACUAAAUAUAGUAGUCUUUUGCAUCACGACAAAGUAGACCAUAAAAACAUGAUUCCUGAGGAAAUGUGUGGCAUUUGUGGUAAAUUAUUUGUUACAAAAAUUAGAUUAUACAUGCAUAAACACUUGAAACACAAAGUUAAAAUGUAUGAAUGUGAAAUAUGUGGUAUGAAAAGUGUGUCAAAAAAAUCUCUAAAGGUACAUAAGGUGAGGCACAGUUUAAGAUUUGUUUGUAAUGUUUGUAAUUUUGUGGCAAGUACAAAUAGAAGUUUACAAGAUCAUUUAAACACACAUAAAACAGAGAGAAUGUACCGUUGUGAAUUAUGCCAUGGAACAUUCAAGCAACAGCAAGCAUUGGAACACCAUUUAAAGACUCAUGAUGAUGAUUCUGUGUUACGUGCAAAAUGUGAUGUAUGUUCAAAAAAAUUUAGGACAUAUGAUGUGCUAAGAAAGCAUAAAAUUUCACAUGUUACCGAAGUAUCAGGUGAGUUAAAAACUGCUUUUAUAUGUGAGAUCUGUGGGAAAAUUUUGAAAACGAAGCAAUCAUUAUACAUACAUAAGUCUUCUCACAGUGAAAAACAUCACAUGUGCACAGUGUGUGAUGAAUUAUUUUCUACAAAAAAUCUUUUAAAAAGGCAUAUGGUUGUUCAUGGAGAGCGUCUAUUUGCUUGUACAUUGUGUGAUAAAUCUUUCAAUAGAGCUGAUACAUUGUCUUUACACUUGAAUACUCAUUCUCAGUCACAAUUAUUUCAUUGCGAACAGUGUGACCGCACAUUUUCUUUGGCAAGGUACUUGAAAAGACACAUUGCAAGAAUCCACAAUAAAACACAAAACAACACACAAUAGAACACAAAUAGAGGUUUAGUUAUGAACAUAAUGUUAUUACUUUAUAACCUAAUUUGUAAUAAUUAUUUUUAAUCCUUGCCACCGUAGAUGGGUAUAUCAGAAUGGUAGACUUUGACAAAACCUAAACUCAAGUGUAUCCAAUAUUACACAUUGUUUCUCUUAGAGUUUUUAUUAGUUCACAAAAGACCUUCGAAAUGGCAGGUGCAUGUCCCUUGCCUAUCAUAGUUGAUAAGGAAGUAUUUAUAGACGACCUUCACUCCAUGGCAGGGGGGAGGGAGUGUCCUUUGUUUAGCUGUCGACCUGCUCCUGCUCAUCUGUUCUGUGUGUCCUACAGAUCCAUAACCAAAUAUAUCCCUUGUCUGCCUAGAUGAUAAUGUAAGAUGAUAGAACUUAUCUGUGAAACCUUAGAUAAGGAAAUGCUUUAAUAACUAGUCGUUUAUAUAAUUUAUUAGUUUGUACCAAGAAUUUGAAUUUAGAUCAAAUUCACAGUAUAGUAAAUUGUUAUUUUUAGAUUUUUAUCAAUAAAUAUGCUAAUUUUAACUGAAA